AUGGCGACGUUGGCGUGGCUUCUAGCGGCAGCUCUGCUAUUGACAGCGGUGGCUGGCCGAAAUUUAAAACCACCACCGGAAGAGGAUCGGACGAAGCUGUCGGAUCCCAUCAGGGCUCCGCGACAAGUGGAAUCCCGCGUCCCUGCGUUGCUGCGCGACGAUUCCCAGAUCCCGCAGAUUUCCAACAUCAACGCUCGCAAAUAUCCGCGAAAACGGCAAUUGCCCGUUUCGAUCGGGGCCAAUUUCCAGUCGUUCGCGUUAAACGGCCAACCUCGCGCCCCGUUGCGCACAGCCACCUUCGAUCCCACCACCAACACCACCACCAUCGUAACUCGGAUCAACGAGGUCGCGAAGCGGAUCGAGCCCCGAAUCUCGUCCGGAUCGUCUCACGUCGUCUUCGCAACGCCUCGGAGGAGCCUCGGUUUCGAGCAUUCGUUCCACCACGACCACCACGGCCAUCGUCAUUCCCAUAGUCACGGCCAUCACUCGCACCACUCGCAUCGGGCCAAGCACGAGCACGAGCACGGUCACAAGCAUCACGGCGAGCACGAGCACAAGCAUCGCGAGGAGCACAAGCAUCACCACGGCCACGAGCACAAGCACGAGCACAAACACGGGCACGAGCACAAGCAUCACGGGGAACACCAGCACCACCACGGGCAUCAGCAUCACUCGAAGCACGAGCACCACGAGGAGCACAAGCACCACGCCGAGCAUCACCACCAUCACAAGCAUCAUCAUCACAACGAGCACCACCACCACCACGAGCACCACCACGUCAACGAGCAUCACCAUCAUCAUAGCCACAAGGAGACCGAGAAUCACCACCAUCAUCACGGCCACGAUCAUCAGCAGCAUCACAAACACGGACACAAGGAGGAGCACAAGCACCACCACGGGCACGAGCACAAGCACGGCCACCACGAGGAUCACCAUCACGCUCACCAGCAGGAUCACCACCAUAAACACGGGCACGAGCACAAGCACCACCACCACCAGGAUCACAGUCACGAGCACGGGCACGAGCACAAGCACGGCCAUCACGAGGAGCAUCGUCACGGGCAUCACGAGGAUCACAAGCACAGCCAUCACGAGGACCAUCACCACAAGCACGGCCACGAGCACAAGCACGGGCACAAGGAGGAGCAUCGUCACGGCCAUCACGAGGACCACCACCACUCCCAUCACCAGGAUCACAAGCAUCACCACCACGAGGAGCACAAGCACGGCCACGAGCACGAACACCACCACGAUCAUCACGAGGGGCACCAUCAUCACGAGCAUCACAAACACCACGCGUCUCACGAGCACAAGCACGGCCAUUCCCACGAGGAGCGCCACAAGCAUUUCGACGACCAUAGCCACGAGCAUCGUCACGAGAACGGCCACAAGCACGCGGAACACCAUCUCCACUCUGGUUACGUGGAGCGACAUCACAAGCAAGGAUCGGGCCAUUACUUCGACGCCUCGCAGAAUCACGAGGAGUACGUGUUUCCGGAGAAGAGCGAGACGGUGGUGGUCGAGGAUAUCCUUAAAAUUAAGAAGGAGGCGGAGGAAGCGGAGAGCACGACCGAGCAAGCUACGACGACGGAUGAUCGAGCGUGA